GGCACCAAAUAAAUUAUGUGAUGCAACGCAAAAGAAAAAUAAGAAGAAUAUUGUUAUACCUAGCUUAUUGUUAUAGUGAUUUAUAUUCUCUGUAGGCACGUACCUAUCUGUGCUGCACAAUAUUCGAUGUAGCGUCCAGAGUUGGUGUCGAACACUCAACCACCAGGGUGAACCACUUGCACAACCAUACCCCACCACGGCCAAGGCGGCUUUCAAAACGAAACACAGACUCGCAGCUCGGCAUUAUUGUGAUAACCGUGCCAUUAAGUUCAUAAUUUCUCUUGCACUCAGCAGACUUAGUUACGACUAGUAAAUCGCUGUUUUGAGGUUAUUCCGUCCGGUUUUUUAAUUGUUGUUACUUUUUAGUUGUUUUCUCGAUAGACUUACAAUAUGAUGAAAUAUAUAAGAAAAAUAUUACUCUUACUGGCCAUAACUUACUCCGUGUUCGCAGCCCCGAAGAAUGGAGAUUACACUGCACACCGUAUGACAUAUGAAGAUAUACGCGACCGCAAUCACAGUGAGUACAUCAGUACAAACAGCAUAAUAUGUAUAUUGUGUAUAAUAUGUAUAAUGUAAUGAGGUAUUUUUCUUUUGUGUUUCAGUUCAGGAUAGUCUAAAUGGCCUAUUAUGUCCUCCAGUCGGACUAAUAGAUAAAUAUGAGGUCAUGACAAUACAAACAACGAUGACGAUGAAUGGAUGCGCUUAUAUGGAAAAAGCUGUGCUACCAAGCCUAGUCCCAUUAUUUCACCUGUGGAUAGAACGUCCCGAGAAAACUAUGGUACAUGGGCAUUGCAAUGACCUGGAGAAUAUGGACCACUUAAUUUUUGAGUGCUUAUCGAAAGAAAAUCCGACCAAUAGGAUAGAUGUUGAGAAAGGCUGGAAAUAUAUUUCAUUACUUGAACAUAUAGCCGAAGAAAAAUCUCCAACCUCAAUGAAAAAUGAAACCAAAAGUGUGAGAAAAUCUUUCAGAUGUGCUAUGUACGAUGUGACUGACUACGAUCUAGAUGGAGUCAGAAUCAUACGAAUAGCUAUUGCAAAAGCAAGAGAUGAAAUAUCAAAUGUACAACAAUGUGAAGGCCUAGGAAAUCUACUGGGAGAAAGUGCUCUUCCAUUCGUUUCCGAGGGCGAACGGGAAUGGCCCGAUGGGUCAUUAUAUUUAUAUAUGAUUGGAAAGAAACCAUACAUGUCGACAUAACAAUCAAAUAAGAUCUAAUGAGAAGAAUGCAGUAUCCAGUCUUCCAACUACAACUGCUACUACCAUCAGUCAUUAUGUACGAUAAAAAAUAUUUUGUAAAUAACAAUUAUUGAUCAUUAUUUUAGGUUUACUUAUAAGGUUUUUUUUUUAUAAUCAAUGACAUUAUUUAAUAUUACAGUUUUUACUUAAAAAUGUUAUUUUAUUCAUUACCUAUUUUUGUCAGUGGAUACCUAUGAUGUCUUUCAUAUUAUAUCCAUAAAAUAAUUUGUAUUAAAUAUAAUAAUAAAAUAAUUAUAAUUACUAAGAAUACUGUGUUGUAACCAGUGUAGAUACUAUAUAUCUUAU